AGUAUUCUUCCAUUAGACCAGUACCAAUUUAUAACGGUGAUUUGAGUGCUGAAUUUAGUAACCAUUUGCAAUUUACGACCGUGUAGACACACUGUUAUUUAUACCUUAAGAAAAUUUAGGCAUUUGAGUAAAUUGAACGAGUCACGCGUUGGCUGGUGCUGUUCGAAACCUAUCGAUGUGUCAUGUCAGCAAUCGCGUAGCAAGUAAAAUCCCAGCACAGGAAUAAGCUGUAACCAGCUAGACAUUCUCUAUCAAGGUUCGAACUAAAUAUUGGUGCAAAACGAAAAAGUAGGCAGCUGCCAGCUGCUCAAAAGUGAAUUCCUGCGGAACCGUACGGCUGACGAGAAACGGCCCCUUCCGGAAGUGAUAGCAUUGGCUCGUGAUUUUCCAACUCACCUUGUCAAGAUUUUGUGUUGUUCUCAUUUGAUUGCCCCCUCCUGUUGCAUUCAUUGAGCAAGCGGUUGAAAAAAGUGAUUAGACAGAAAGAUCCGGGUUGUACAUAUUUCGUUCGCAAGAGUUUAGUGCAACCAUUUUAUUUGGGGAGACAAUCGUAAUACAAAAUACAAUAGCCAAUAAUUGUCAGCGCUGAACAAGAUGACUUAAUUCUCGUUUGAAUGAAGACAACCUAAAGAGUUAGCUUUUAAUUUUUCUCCUAAGACUUGGAUAAACUAAGAUUAUCCCGAUGAGGAAAAUGGACAAUAGGUUGAACCUGGACUCGGAGGUCCGUGAGCUGAAGCUGGGGUCCACAUUUACCAAUCCGUCCCCGCGAACCGUGUACCAUACUUUAAAGUACGAUUUCAAACCAGCCAGUGUGGACGUGAGCAAACCGGCCACCUUGGAAGUCGGUUCUAACAAACAGGUGACAGUUACCGUACCACAUCUCGAUGCCGGGGUGCCAAGCGUGUACAAAGGGAACCAACGAGAUUACAGCAGGAAGGAAUGUGUGCUCAUUAUCGACCGGGUAACGGGAGAAAUCACGCUCGAAAAACUGAACAGCAAUGUACAAGUCAAAAAGACAAGAACUGAAAAUAAAGUCGUUCAGCCACCGCCGCCACCUCCUCAGAUCAAGGUGGAGAACUCGACAGCGCGGCAAAGUUCGAAAACCAAGAUCACAACCGGUUCUCGCAAGAACAAUCCUAUCAGCUUCGUGCCAAAACAUUCGCCAUUGCAAAACUCGCCCUCAUACAACCAUCCCAACAAGAGUCCACUAUCGGCACCGGCCUGGAACGCCAACAAUACUCAACAGACCCUGCCGAGUAUCCCGAUUAUCGGCUUGGAUGAUGGGAACGACUUCAUGGCUGUGCCUUCGUCUUCGCUUCCGCCGGCACAGGCGCAGAUGCAACGGCAGGAACAGCAACAGCAAAUGCACUAUACUCACAACACUAGCGGCGGCAGCAGCAGCAGCGGCAGUGGAUCGAUGAGUAACAGCAACGCUAACCACCAUAGCAGUAAUAGCAACAACAGUAGCAGCAGUCACAAUCAUCAUCAGAACAACACCAAAAGCCACGGAGGUGGUGGAAUGCACAGCAACUCGAGCAUGGCCCCAAACCUUGGAAACAAUAGCAAUCACCACAAUCCGUACAACAAUCACCACGGCGAGUCGAAUGUGGAGGUUAACUUACCGUCCAGGGCGCACGCUUCUCCGCCACGGAACACGGGUUUCCCCACUGGUGUACUAAGCUCUUCAAGUUCGGAUUCAAGUGGUUCCAGCGACAGUGACAGUGGCUCCGAAUCCGACAGUACCACUGAGGAUAACAAUGAUUCUCCGGUAAAAGAACUAUUUUUCGAUCUAGGUCCAAGCAGGUCCGAGGUGGUCAACAACACUCGUACGCUUCCUACGGAUCUGCUGACGGAGGACCUCUGCCUCUCGGAGUCCAAUUCCGACUCGGACUGAGCGGGAGGAGCUCGUUUUCGGCACGAAGACAACAACACUGGUACGUUAUAUAGGUAAACCUGAAACUAUUUUUGUAGGAAUACCUUAUUUAUAUAUUGAGAUGAAAUUAUACCAAUAUAUCGCAAAGAAUAUGGGAAUGUCGCGCGUGAAGACUUGCGAAGCCGAUUUGUUGAAGUCAAAGGCUGCAGAGAAAAACUGUAGCGUAAAUGGUUUUAUCCUGUUUAGAUUUGUAUAAUACCUAGGGCGCUGCCAAAUAAAGAAAAAUCGCUAUACAUACACAAGAGCAGGUUCACAAAUAGAUGGAGUUUUCAAUUUUCCCUUAGCGAGUUUAUUUCUCACUUAUACGGCAGAGGAAUCGAUGACUUAUUACUUUAUUUUAGCUCUUAUAUUAAAAUUGUUUUUUAUCUCUUCAGAUUCAGUGCGUUAUUUACGGCUAGAUUUUUUUGUGUAUUACUUAUAUUUAACACCUAAUCAUUAGCGUAAAAGUUUUUCUUUCUUCUCAUCUACGGGACAGGGUGGCAGUGUUAAUGGGAACUGUGCUUAAACCUUGUUUGUUUCGAGUUCUCUAAUGUUUUCACACACUACGUGUGGCUCAAGACAGUAACGGAAAGACAGAAUAAUUUGAUUUCCACGCCGUUUGCGCGGUAGAUCUUCCAACUAUUUUCCGCGUGGAACGCACUAUUAGCAAAUGUGUAGAGGAAAUACAAGUUGUCUACGCUAAAUUAAUUACCAUAAUUAUUAAAACUCAUGAUAAACCAGCAAAUAAAAGUAUGUUAG